CAUUUUAAUCACAGAAGUUGUUUUCUCUCAGUGUCAGUGGUUGUUGUUCCAGCCCAGGCUUUUAUAUAUGUUAUUCCUGGACUAACGAAAACUUGAAGUGCUGCUUGCCCUGCAAUACCAAAUUUAUGGAUGAGGAGACAACUUCAGCUUGCCAGUAUGUUCUUGAGGAAGAAGUGCAGAUAUGGAUCACGUAAGCUGCAGUUUCUCUUGUUGUUUCUGAUGCUGGGGUUUUUGCUACUGAUGGUUACAAUGCUGAAUCCACCACCCAGCAACCAGAGCAAGGAAGGGACUUUCCAGCCUGUGGAGUUCAACCCCCGGGAAGGGUAUCAGAUGGAUUUUGUGGAGACCCAAGAGAUGCUGGAAACCCAGGAGGAGAGCCAGCAGUACUACCCUUUGGAUGGUCUAUCGCCUUUCAUCUCCCUGCGGGAGGAUGAGUUGAUCAUGGCCGUCGUGUCGCCCACCGGCAAACGGAACCACAGCAAGGCCAGGAAGGGCUAUCGCGUGGUGAAGCAGCAGAGCCGGCGGCCGGAGGGGAGGGCAGAGGGGGGCCCCGAGUCCCCGCCGCUGUCCCUUCCCCUGCAGGAAGGGCAAGGGGCUGCUGCGGGGGAGCGGCCGCUCGGCCUGGAAACGCACGGCUUUAACGAGGUGCUCAGCGAGCGGAUCGCGCUGCGCCGGGACCUGCCUGAGGUACGACACCCGUUGUGCCUACAGCAAAAAUAUGAUUCCAGUCUGCCUACUGCUAGUGUCAUCAUCUGUUUCCAUGAUGAAGCCUGGUCUACUCUGCUGAGAACUGUGCACAGCAUUAUGGAUACAGCCCCAAAGGCUUUCCUCAAGGAUAUCAUCCUAGUUGACGAUCUCAGCCAGCAAGGGCCCCUGAAGUCAGCUCUGAGUGAAUACAUCUCUAAGCUGGAUGGUGUGAAGCUCAUCCGGAGCAACAAGAGGCUUGGAGUCAUCCGAGGUCGGAUGCUGGGAGCCGCACGGGCUACGGGGGAUGUGCUCAUCUUCAUGGAUUCCCACUGCGAGUGUCAGAAGGGCUGGCUGGAGCCCCUCCUGGCCAGGCUCUCCAGCAGCCGAAACAGUGUCGUCUCCCCUGUCAUAGAUGUCAUAGACUGGAAGACCUUUCAGUACUAUCACUCUGUGGGUGUGCAUCGAGGUGUUUUUGAUUGGAAAUUAGAUUUUCAUUGGGAACCAGUGCCAGAGCAUGAAGAGAAGGUACGACAGUCUCCCAUCAGCCCUAUCAGGAGUCCUGCAGUAGCUGGUGCAGUGGUGGCCAUGGAUCGACAUUACUUCCAAAAUACUGGAGCUUAUGAUUCUGACAUGACCACGUGGGGAGCAGAAAACCUGGAACUAUCCAUUAGGACCUGGCUCUGUGGUGGCUCUGUAGAAAUUAUCCCAUGCUCCCGAGUUGGGCACGUCUAUCGAAAUCACUUCCCCCGUGCUUUCUCCUAUGAAGAGGCCAUUGUGAGAAACAAAAUCCGAAUAGCAGAGACCUGGCUGGGCUCCUUUAAAGAGAACUUCUACAAGCAUGACACAGUGGCUUUCUUAAUCAGCAAGGCAGAGAAGCCAGACUGCAGCGAGCGCCUUCAGCUACAGAAGAGACUGGGCUGUAGAAAUUUCCAGUGGUUUCUAUCAAAUGUGUACCCUGAACUCUCCCAACCUGGAGACACACCAAGAUUCUCUGGCAAGCUUUACAAUACUGGUGUUGGCUUCUGUGCAGAUUACAGGCCUGGAAGAGCUACUGCAGAAGGGUCUAUUGAACUGUCCCCUUGCAGUGACAGUCCCACCCAGCACUUUGAAUAUAACAUGAAGGAAAUCUUGCUUGGUUCUGCUCCACUGCUUUGCUUUGAUGUCAGACACGGGAAGGUUAUCCCUCAAAACUGUACAAAGGCGACAGACAACAGCAACCAGCACUGGGAUGUCCAGGAGGAUGGAAUGAUUGUCCAUGUCCUUUCUGGCAAAUGCAUAGAGGCAGCAAAGAGUGAAGAUGAGAAGGACUUGUUUCUGUGUGCAUGCAACAAGAACGCAAAUCAGGUGUGGGAGUUUGAACGUUCCCAGGGGCUACGUCAGAGGUGACUGGCAGGUCUCUGCAGAGGUCGUCUCCAAAGUUUAACAUUACUUCUGCUUGGGAUUUAAGAUGAAUUUCCUGCAAGGACAAGAAAGAUGUUUGUGUUUGCUGUAGCAUGCAGGGAAGUCAGGAAUGGCUCUUGUUUAAAAGCCUGGCUCCCGGUUAAUCCAGCUCUAGCUACAACUUCUAUUUAUUCUGUGAAGCAGGGAAUAGAGAGAUUGUGAGAAUCAAUAAAUUCUCAACUCUGCUAUUGCAGAAGACACUUAAGUUUGCCCUUUGAUGGAAACAUGGAAAAUUGGCUGCCAGACAGCUUGUCUUCAGUGUAUGCUGUGACUUCUGAGGAUACAGGAAAAAAAGUGAGAUCUUUGAAACUGUAAGAGGAAGUCGGCUAAACCAGGAGAGGAGUUUAGCCUUGUUUUACAGUGCCCUCGACUCAUAUAAAACAAACUAGGUUUUGUAUGUAUGAAAGUAAUAGAUGUUUCCAAGUGUAAUGGCAAAAAAUUUGUUUUCCAAUUAACCUGAACCAAAUUUCUACUCUCUGUGAGAUUACACAGAGCAUAAAUUAACACUUAAUUAGACACUAAUUGCUCUAAUUGACUCGGACUACUAACAGUCCUCAGUGUUUGGCACACUCUUCCUUAAAUCCUUGUCCACAGUCUAAUUUGGAUGGAAGAAUGAGACUGAAAUAUUAACAACUUUUUUGUUGUUGUUUUAAUUAUAUUUAAGGACAACUCCUCAGGAAACUUUUGUGGUAGUAAGGAGGGUAACAGCUUCUCUGCUUAUUUGGGAAUAGAAAGAAUCGGCAGCAUCCAUUUGCUCUUGUAAAGCCAUGGGAUAAGCUUACUAUUAUUAUUAUUAUUAUUAUUACUAUUAUUAUUACAGUAACAGAAGUGCUGGCUGAAAAGUAGCAAGUGAAGGGAAACAGCCAGUUUCAACAAUAGCUACCUAGGAAGAAAAUACUGGUUUGCUUCCAUUUGCUUGCAGCCUGAGUUAAGUCUUUCAAGCUGUCAGUUUUAGCCAUUAAGAUUGUGUAGAUUCUUGCUGUUGUGGGCCUUCAAGAUGAUCCUGAAAAGACCAAAUUUUCUAAAGAAGCUUCUUCUGUAGAGCCUGCAUUGCUGCUGACAUGCUGUCUUUCAAAGGAGUGAAUGAGAGAUAAGGUUAAAAAACAAGAAUGGUCUCACACAGUAUGAACUUAGCCAAGCAAACUUCCACUUCAGUAUCUCAUUCGGGUACUUUCCUUUUUGAAGAUAUAGUCAAUGAUGACACUUCCCAAAACCAUGCUAAGAGAGAAGAACAAAGAUUUGAGAGUCUUCCCACAUCAACACAUCUGAUUUAUAGUAUAAACCAAUCAUAAUCCUAUGUACAUAUUAAAGGGGAAGGUCAUCAUUAAUGAAAGUCACUUAGGUUUUGAAUUAUUUUCAAGAGACAGAAAAUGGUGGGGGUUUUUUAAAUGUACAGCACAUUGUUUAAACUUCAGAGAAAGGAAGGAGUAACAGAUUAUUCUGCUUAGAGCCCUCCAGUUACCUGCUCUCAGUAAAUCAUAAUAAAUUGGUAUGAAGUAUAUAAAAUUGUUUACAACAGAGGACAUGAAGAGUAUUCUCUAUUGUGUUGUCCAAACAUCUCCCAGUGUCUAAUUCUCUGUCUACUUUGAGUGCUAAAGAUUCCACACUGUGUUCAGGCAUCACUCCAAUCAUCUUGAUUACCACUUAUGCUUUCUUUGAUAGCAUCAGAAUCUAUUACUAUUUCUGCUGUGUCAUUUAAAAUUUCCUGUGACAUUCUGGAAAAUGCUUUAAUUUUCAGCUAAGAUGAUGAUAGCAACCUCUUCCAGAACACAAGUGACACCUGACCAUUGCCCAAAUCUAGGGUGAAAAAAGAGAAUUUUUUUAAAUUGCAUAAAAGCUGAGUAAAAUGCUGUUUUAAUGACAUGUGAUGCCUUUAUUUUAAAUUAUGACUAUGCCAGGUUUUUAAAUUAUGUAUUAUUUAUUAUAUUUUGGACACUACACUGGGAAUAUAAUUCCUUCAGAAUUUAGGUAAAUGUUAAAAAAAUGUGUAUACAAACAUGGUAAUUGACCACAAGCGAUAUUUAUCACAAAAAAAAGGAUGAAAAGAUUUUUGGUUUAGAGAGGAAAUGUUUGAAAUUUCAGAGACAUGGACAUCUUCAUUUAUACUACUUUUUAACAUAGUGAUAAAAACAUAGAAAAUAAGGUUUGCUGUAGAUAUAUGUACCAUAGAAAAAUGUUACCCAAUACCUCUUCAAAAAAUAAAAUGAAAAUCUGUGGUGCAGUACCAUUUAGAAAAUAAUUGUUGAUGCACUUGUUUCACUUAGAGUAAAUGUGUGUUUGGUUUCCAAGGGAACUAAAUUCCAGAGCAUGGGCCAGAAGGGGACAUGGAUUGUGGAGCACAUUUCCCCCUAAUAUAAACAUAACUUAGUACAUACAAAUUUAAAAAUACCAAAGGGAAAGCAUCUAUCCCUGUUUUUCCUCUUUUCCUUCCUAUAUGGCUUUUAAAUGGAUUGGUUGGUUGUACCAAUAUUGUUUCCUUAUUGUGGUCCUUUAGACUUUGCCCCUGUGGUUACAUCCAUCAGCUAAACUCUUCUCCUCAUGGAACUGGGAUCAAAAAAGAGUGGUGGCUAAGCAUGCUGGUAUGUUUUCCUCAUUUUUACCCACCUUUCAUGCAAUACUAGCACUCAAUGAUUCGUUGAGCACCACAAAACAUAGAAUUACUUUCAGUUAUCUAUUUAAACAUGGUCAACAUUUCAGGUUCCACUAAUUCCCGUGACAGGAGACACGUAAGGACAAAAUGCUUCAUGCAAGGAUGAAGCAGUUUAAACUUUGAAAGCUUCCAAAGCAGAGCCUCAGGCAAGAGCAAAGGAAUUCCAGCAUAACACAAAUAAAUACCUUAUAAUGUAACUCCACCUGUUUCUUUGAAUUUCACAAUCCAGGCACAGUGCUUUGAGCCAAACCCACCCAUGAAGCUGAACUAAAAGGUCAGAUUCAAGAACAGGUCACCUUUUGGUUGACAGCACUUACUAAACAACCUCAUUUAUUCCUCUCCCAGCUCAUGGAAAAUGGAAGAAAAUAAAGACUUGAAAUACUAUUCAGAGUACUUUUAAAGCAAGCCCCAUUUGAUACAGUUGGUGUUGACCGUAGGCUGGGGUUUGUCCUGUUAGGUAAGGUGCCAUCACUGGCACAAAGAAACAAUGGCAGCAUUCUUCUCCAUGUGUUAAUCUGAAGUCUAAACAGGGACAGAAGGUUUACCAACCCUCAUGCUAAAUCCUGUAGCACAGAAAUGUUGAGGGUAUCUCUCAGUCCACAUGUAAGUGCUUCCAGGUCCUGCCUUGAAGAUGUUCAUUGAGCUGUAUUACUGUCUGCUGAUUGAAAUGCAAUAGCUUCCAUCUCUGAUAUCCCCAGGAAAGAAUGGAGCUAUGUUCAGGCAUCCUAGACAAGAACAGUAACAGCCUAGGUUUCCAUAACAGCUGGAAGGUGACAUGUGAGUGAGAGCUUUCAGAUUCUGACUUUGUAUCUCAUUUUAUCUCAAGCAGUUUGAUUCAAACUGCAAACAUACUGGAAGAGAGUAAAAAAGGAAUGUUUUGCAAAUAGGUAACAUGUUUUUAAGCUCAUGUUUUUAAGCUAUGCAAACUGCACAUGUCUGCCCUGAAUAAAGUGUAUCAGUGCACAGAGAAACAUA